CUUCCUGGGUGUGGGCUUCUAAAGACAUGUAAAGUUCAUCACAUACAGCACUAUUAUACAGAAUCGUCACAGAGCUGUGUUCAGAAAUGGCUCAGCUAUACAACUUACUGUACAUAGUGAGAUACACACCUCUGAUUCUCACUCUAGUUACAGGCAGUUUUGCAGAUAAAAUUGGACCAAAGGAUGAAGAUGCCAACAUUGUGGAGAAAGAAACAGACACGGUUACUCUGAAAUGUUCAUAUGAUACAAGCAGCAAUUAUAUUUUGCUUUACUGGUACAAACAAUAUCCUAACAGCGCACCACAGUUUUUACUGUAUAAAGGAGCAAGAUCAGAAGGUGCUGAGAGAACUCCGUCUGACACUCGAUUAAAGUCAGAAACAAGCAGAGACUCUACCGAACUUAGUAUCAGAGGUCUAAAGCUCUCAGAUUCUGCUCUCUAUCUCUGUGCUCUUAGAGACAUAACACAAGUCUUCCAGUUCACCUCACUCCUGAAUAGCCACUUUUCACUCAAAGUUGUAGAUGAAGGUGAAGAUGUUACUCUGUCCUGCAAAUACACACCAAGCUUUUCUUCAGGAAACAACUUCCUGCAAUGGUACAGACAAUAUCCAAAAUCUAAACCAGAGUUCCUUCUUCAAAUUGUUGAUACUGGAGCUCAAAGUCCGAAUACUCCCCCAAGAAUGUCUGCUGAAGUAAACAGAGAUGAUAAACAAGUGGAUCUGAUCAUCUCCUCUGCUGCUGUAUCAGACUCUGCUCUAUACUACUGUGCUCUGGUGCCCACAGUGACAGGAAAUACAGCUGCACUGUACAAAAACUAACACACAGUUGUUUUUUUAAAGCCGUUCUGCCAGUGCUUUAGAGAAAGUUGCAUGCCCUUUUUGGUCUCUCCCUUUCUUUAUCUGUUAAGUAAGUAAUUGUGUGCACAUCCCACCUUCUGGCAGG